CGCCUUUGUAAUACAUUGUUUAUAAUGGUAAUUUCAUCAUUAACUUUUGUUUGGUGUCUUCGGCAAGCUCUUUGUAGAUAUUUGGUGUUUUUGUGUUGAGUUGAUUUGUAGUCUGUUUAGUAUGAAGGAAUUAUUAUUAAGAAUAUUUUGAACUUUAUGCGAUUUUAAUAUAUGAAUUGAAUACUAUGGCUUUGUAGGUAUACCCACUUUAUAUAGACAAUAUUAUGGUGUUUUAGAAGUUAUAAAUAAGAGACUUUCGCUAGGAAUAGUUAAGUAAAAUGCGUUGUGCAGUGUUUGGUUGUUCAAGUGAUAAUCAGACGACAAAACGUGUUGAUAAAUCUGUUAGCUUUUAUGGAUUUCCUAAGGACUCGGUAGUGGAAAAACAGUGGGUUAUUGCUUGUUGCCGGGAAGGUAAAUUUAAUACUAAAACCUCAAGGAUUUGUUCCAAACACUUUAAGCCAGAAAGCUUUGAAAGAAAUUUGCAACAAGAAUUGCUGCAAUAUGAAUCAAAGAAAGGACCCAAGCUGAAGCGUGAUGCUGUUCCUUCUCUUUAUCUGCCACGAUCCAAAAGUUUAUCCAUAAAUCAACUGAAAAGGGAGGAAAGGUUUACCAAAAGGGAGUCAAAGAAGUUUGUGGAACAGAUACUUACACAAUCUAGUUCUACAGCUGCGGAACCAGGUGGGGACUUGGUGUAUCAAGAACUAAAAACUGAUAUAACAGAAACUACAAAAUCAGUUGGACCUGGAUCCCAUAAGAGGCAAUUGAAACCUACUGCUAUACCAUCAGUAUAUCGUGCGUAUCCAGAGUAUUAUCAGCCAAAACCAAAAAAGUUAAAGAAGAUAAGUGAUGUCCAAAAAGAGGAGGAGGAGAAUGUCCAGCCUUUCAAUACUUUGUUAAAAAGUAAAUCUGUUGAUACUGCAAUAACUACUCAGGAGGUCCUUAUUGGUAAUACAAUAAAUACCUCAGUUGAAGACCAAGAGAUGGAAAGAAACUUAAACCUAAUAUCCAAACUUAAACAGAUUAAUUCAAAUAUCGAGAUUGAGAUUGAACCAAACGUACCGGAACGUAGAUCUUAUAAACCUCAGCCUGUGAAAGCUGUAGUGCUUAAAGAUCUAAGUAUACCAAUAAUUAAACUUGAUGCUCUAGAAGAAUGUUGUAAUAGAUUGACCCAGGAAAAUAAGAAUCUUAAGGAGAAAUUUAAGACAUUACAGAAACAGUCUGCUGUUUUACCAUCUCUUAUAGAUAAUACAGGAUCAAAUAAUGAGGAAUAUAGGAAAAUGUCAAAAAGUAAUUUGCUGAAAGUGCCAGUUGCUUCUGUCACUAUGCAGACUGCUCCCACUGCACUUCCAGAGAGAUGUGACAGUUUAAGAAAAAAAAUUAAAGUUUUACAGCAAACAAUCCGACGCAAGAAUCAGAAAAUAACGGAACUAGUUAAAUUGGUUUCAAUUUUACAAAAACAAGGGACCAUAGAUGCAUCGCUUAAAGAUUUAAUCCAAGAUACCUCAGAUGAAGACCAAGAGAUCGAACGAAACUUAGAUCUAAUAUCCAAACUUUCUCGGGAUAAUUCAAAUAUCGAGAUUGAGAUUGAACCAAACACACCAGAACAUAGAUCUUAUAAACCUCGACCUUUGAAAGCUCUAGUGCUAAAUGGUCUAAAUGCACCAAUCAUUCAAAGUGAUGCUCUAGAAGGACAUUGUAAUAGAUUGAGCCAGGAAAAUAAGGAUCUUAAGGAGAAGUUAAAAACAUUACAUAAACAGAAUGCUGGUUUACUUUCUCUAAUGGAUAAUACAGGGACAAAUAGACAACGAAAUGACAUUAUAGAUUUGAGAGAUAUUAAAGACUUAUGCCGAACUUGCUUAUUAAAAUCUAAAAAUCUAACGCAUAUUAACGACAAGAUUACUUUACCAAGUGCACAAGCAACUUGCUUAUUAAAAUCUAAUAAUCUGACGCAUAUUUACGACACGAUGACUUUACCAAGUGCACAAGCAACUGAGAUAGUGAUAUCGAAAGUUCUCGAGUCAAUAUUGUCUACUCCACUUGCAGUCUCUGACAAUGUUCCGACUCAAAUUUGUGAAACCUGCAAAAAUCAAAUAAUUUUCAUAGCUACAAUUCGAUAUGCCUUCGAAAAGGCCAAUUCCUUCUUACAGUUGCAUUCUACUGGUCAUCUAGAAAAACAAACAAUCAACGAACAAAACACUAUUGAGAGAGAUAAUACUGACAUCAAUAACUUCCUGGAGUGCAAAGUGGAAGAAGAUCUAUAUGAAGAAACUUCAAAUGAUCUACAGGGUUCCGAAGAAAUUAAUUGGGAGUUUGUAGACUGUAUCAAAGAAGAUCUGGUUUCUGAUGAUGAUCCUCUUGAAUCUGACCCAAGUAUAAUGUGUGUAUCAAAAGUGGAACCACCUUUGCUACAAACAGACAUUAGUAUAGGAGAAGCUCCUAAUAGACCCAAUUCUCCAAGAUAUUCGAAAACAAGUCGUAUUAGCCACACAUGCCCCAUCUGUUACAAAGAUCUAACUUUAGCUGACUUUCUUCUUCAUAUCAGAGGCCACAAGGCGCUGAAAAAGUACUUAGGCGGUCCAAAAUACAUAUGUCAAACUAAAUACCAAGCCUCUCCUAUUACUGAUAAAGGUUUGUUGGGGGGCGAGGGAGAAAUAUUGCAUAUUUGCUACGUAUGCCAGAAGAAGUUAAAAGCCACUGAAUAUUUCGUUCAUUUGAACCUACCACCGUGUAGUAGAGUUUUUAAGAAGCAAAAUUCUUAUUGUCACAUAUAGUGGUUCAUAAUGGUGAUCCUGCCUACAAGCACAUGCAUAAACUCAGAACGCGCAAAGGAUCCCCCACCUAUCACUGCCUCGAUUGCCCUAAGCAGUUUUACCACCGGUAUGUGAUGACAGUCACGUCCUGAUCCACAGCGGUGAAAAAUCAUAUGCGCAGUUUCUGUGCGCGGAGGAUUAAUAGCCAUUAUAAUCUAGAGGUGCACCAGAAAGUUCACGGGGGGGAUCGCAGUCACGUGUGUACAUUCUGCGACAAGGGUUUCCUAGAGAAGUCAUACCUGAGCAAACACAUGAAGACGCACAAAGAGCAGUCCUGUCAUAAGAAAUUUAACAAUCCUGGACCUAAUAUUUUGUAAAAAUAAAUUUUAUGUAAUUUUU